CAAGCAGUGAUAUGGACAGAGUAACUGCAAAUGCGUAUGAUACAAGUAUUGAACGAUCUAAAACUGAAGAUAUUAUACGACAUAUUAAAAAUUUAAUUGAUGAAGCUAGUCUUAAAAAUAUUAAUAUUAAAGCACUUGUUUUUGACUCAGCAGGGGAAUAUACAGCUGCACAACAUCAUUUGUGA